AUGGAGACCACCCCUGUAGCUAUGCACAAUUUAGGAUCAUCGGUGGAUCAGGAUGCUUUGCUAGAAGAUCAAGAUGAUUCAACCACUCUUGGAGAAGUAAUUAAUUCAUUAGGAUUUGGAAAAUAUCAAAUACGAUUGACGUUUGUAAUGGGAUGUGCCUGGGCCGUAGAUGCCAUGGAAAUGAUGCUAUUAUCCGUCAUUGGUCCAGUUCUCCUUUGUGAAUGGUAUCUUUCAUCAUGGCAGGAAGCCUUUAUAACGACGGUGGUCUUUAUGGGCUUUGGUAUCGGAGCACCAAUUUGGGGCUGGUUGGCAGAUAUAUACGGACGCAAAAUAGGGUUAUUGUCUUCCAGUUUCUGCACUUUCUUUUAUGGAAUAUUAUGCGCUCUAUCUCCUAGCUAUUUUUGGGUUAUAUUUACACGAACAAUAACCGGUUUUGGUAUUUCUGGUGCUGCACAAGCGGUUACUCUCUAUAGUGAAUUCUUGCCUGUCAAAGCUCGAGCUAGAUCAAUUGUCUUUCUCCAAUCAUUUUGGUCGAUUGGAGCAAGUUUCGAAGUUAUUCUAGCCUUUAUUGUUAUGCCUACCCUUGGUUGGAGAUAUUUAGUAGCUUUUUCUAGCCUACCUUGCCUAGUUUUCUGUUUUCUGUAUAAGAUUAUUCCAGAGUCACCACGAUAUUUGUUAAUAUCCGGUCAACGCUCAGAAGCUAUGUCAGUUUUGCAUAAUGUUGCGACAGCAAAUAGGAAGUCCUGGUAUAGUGAAGAUAUAAAAUUGCCUAGCAAGGGAACUCGUGGACGAAUUUGGGAUUUACUGAAACCUCCUUAUACGAAAACAACUUUAUUGAUGUGGUCAAUUUGGUUUUCUGCUGCGGCACUGUAUUAUGGAAUAAUUUUAAUGACUCCAGUGUUAUACACGGUGGAUAGAUGCGGUAAUGGAGAAAAUUCUAUUCACGGAUGCAUAUGUAAGCCACUAUCAAGUGAUGACUAUCGUAAUAUUGUAAUUACAACCGUCUCCGAGUUCCCUGGGAUGAUAUUUGCAUUCCUGAUUGUUGAGCAAUUGGGGAGAAAGAAGGCGUUAUGCUUACAAUUUUCGCUUGCUGGAGUAUUCUUAUUCAUGCUAAUAAUAUGCAGUGCAAGGGUACCGAAGACAAUCCUUAUAUUUUGUGUCCGAGCGCUUAUUUCUGGAGCCUUUCAAGUAGCCUAUGUUUAUACCCCUGAGGUUUAUCCAACAACAUUUAGAGCACUAGGCCUUGGAUUUUGCAGCAGUUUCGCUCGAAUUGGUGCAAUGAUUACACCAUUUUUAGCUCAGGUAAUGUUACCGGUUUCCGAUAUCUUAGCGUUAAGCAUUUACGCUUGCAUUUCCUUCGCGGGAGGAAUUUCUGCGAUGCUUCUCCCAAUAGAAACUAAAGGACGUAUAAUGCAGUCUACAUGCACACUAAUGCAUAACGAACGUGUUGUGCUCCUAUAUUAA